AUGAUUUGUUCUUCUAUAAUCAACGUAGCUGCAGACGGAAUCCCCGUUAUUAUUCGUUCAGUGACAGAUUUUUAUGGAAAUAAUCUCUACGUUACGAAUCAAGUGGUAUGCAAAGUACGUCCAUAUCUUUUAUUCUGUUUUCCAUCGACAGCAUCAACAUGUUUUCUAUUGGGAGCAUUCGAUCGAUGUGUAUCGACAUCGCCACAUGCUCGAUGGCGACAACUGAGCUCGAUUCCAUUUGCAAAGCGUCUUUUCACAACAAUCAUGGUGUUUCUGUGUACUUCAAGUGUCUUUCACAUGAUCGUUUUCGAUCUUCGAGAUGGUACAUGUGCACCUCCACCUGGUCUCCUCUCGAUCAUUACCACCGUUUACAAUCUUGUUUUCAUGUCUAUCAUUCCCGAUGGAGGCACAUUCAUUUUUGGCAUCGUCACAUAUAUUCACAUGCACCGAUCAAAACGUCGCAUUACUGCGAGAUCAGAAACCAGCAGUCCAACGAUAGCAAACCAGCGAGUGAAUCGCCAGCUACUCAUUCUAGUAUUCGCACAAGCUACGAUAGGUGCCGUCAUCGGAGCUCUCCGGUCGAGCGCAUUUGCAUACAAUCUCCUCACAAGUUCUGUUAAGAAGAGUGUUGAACGUCAGCAAAUUGAAACUCUCAUUCAACAAGCGAGUCUGAUUCUUUUUUAUUACAAAUUUGCUUUGCCAUUUUAUAUUAGCUAUGGCACGAGCUCUAUGUUUCGGAAGACAUUUCACAAAUCAAUGCAACCACUGGUGAAUCGAUGCUUGAAUUUUUGCAAAUGUCGUCAAACUCAAACCAAAUUAUUCAGUUAA